AACGAUCGAGUCCGCCGCCGUGACACUUGAACAAUAUUACGGGAUAAAGCGGCGUUCGCUUGCCUCUAAAGCCAUGGAGGAGGCGACGGCGUCUGGCAACUACAGCCCUCAGCAGCUAUGGACAGAUGGACCCAACGGUGACCAGGCGCCAUCGCCAGCUUCGCAGCCGGCGCUCGAGUCGUCCGGCUGGACGCGGCAGCAGGAUAAGCUGCUGGAGCUGCUGCUCUGCCGCAUGCACCCACGAUGGGAUCGCAUCGCCGUGCACCUCGGCGGCAAGACUCCAGACCAGGUGCACAGCCGGUACGGAUCCAUGGUCGACGAGCUGAGGUUUGUGCUUGAGGCGCCACGGGUGGAGACGCCACCGGAGUGGGAUCUACAGGAGCAGCCUGCUGCUCCUGCGUUGACGGCCGUAGCAACCGAUGUGCCGCCGGCAGGUGGAACAGACGACGUCGAUGCGCCGGCAGAUGACAUGGCGGCGUCAGCGACAUCUGCGAUGGGAGAGGAAAGUACUGCCGCACCGGUGUCCAUGGCUGGCGGCGAGGCUAAUUUGGACAGGGCAGCCAAGCACAAACGUGGUCGGAAAAGGACACAGGUCUCUGCCCAGGGGAGGAACAGGGCCGUGCCAUGGUCCGAAGAAGAACACAGGCUAUUCCUCAAAGGCAUCACUGAAUACGGCAUAGGUAAGUGGCAGAAGCUAUCAAGGGAGUUGGUGACGACGAGGAGCGCGUCCCAGAUCGCGAGCCACUACCAGAAGUAUGCCAUCAGGCAGGCGAAGCUAGAACGCAACCAGGUCAAACGGCCGAGCAUUCAUGACAUCAGCAUCAACACCAACACGCUGUCCGGUGCUGCUGAUGACCGUGGCGACGAGAACCCUGCACCUACGGCAGCAGCAGCAAUUGAAGCUGAAAGUGGAACGACAUAUGAUGCGCCUGCAGAUGAAGAUGAAGUUGCAGUUGGUGAUGACCAUGGAACAGUUUUUAUAAACAAUUAGUGGUCCAUUGAUCAUAUGCA